UUUUUCUCUAAUCAUAUUCACAAAUACAAGCAAAAUCAGCAUUUCAAGUAGCCAUAUUGAUCAGUACUUUGAGAAAGAAUAUGGCUUUGAUCUCGACUGCAAGGGGAUUGAUCUUCCUGGCACUGCUGGGGAUUUGGGCAAGUUCCCAGGCCACUUGCCGCACCUUGCAUGAAGCGUCCUCCAUGUUGGAGAGGCAUGAGCAAUGGAUGGCUCGCUAUGGACGCAGUUAUGAGGAUAUUACAGAGAAGGAAAUGCGUUUCCAGAUUUUCAAGCGCAAUGUUGAGUACAUUGAGUCUUUCAACAGUGUUGGGAACCGACCUUAUAAACUGAGCGUUAAUCUCUUUGCUGAUCAGAGUAAUGAAGAAUUUCAAGCCUCUCACAAUGGAUACAAAAGGACCUCCAAUCCUAGUACUUCAUCUCCAGUGACAGCAUUUAGGUAUGAGAAUGUUACUGCCGUGCCAUCUAGCAUUGAUUGGAGAAAGAAAGGAGCUGUUACACCCAUAAAGGACCAAGGAAGAUGUGGAUGUUGUUGGGCAUUUUCUGCGGUUGCGGCCAUGGAGGGGAUCACCAGCAUCACAAAUGGAAAGUCAGUCUCUCUUUCAGAGCAAGAAGUAGUUGAUUGUGACACUAGCGGUGAAGACCAAGGUUGUGCAGGUGGUCUAAUGGAUGAUGCAUUUAAAUUUAUCAUCCAGAACAAAGGCCUUACAACUGAAGAAAAUUAUCCCUACAAGGGUGUGGAUGGAACAUGCAACAAGAACAAGGCAGCAUCCCAUGCAGCCACGAUCGCAGGCUAUGAAGAUGUCCCUGCCAACAAUGAGAAGGAACUGCUUAAAGCAGUUGCCAACCAACCUGUUUCAGUUGCCAUUGAUGCUAGCGGCUCUGACUUCCAGUUUUACUCAAGUGGGGUCUUCACAGGAGAAUGUGGAACAGAAUUGGAUCAUGGUGUUACAGCAGUAGGUUAUGGAACUGCAGAAGAUGGAACUAAGUAUUGGUUGGUGAAGAAUUCAUGGGGCACCAGUUGGGGUGAAGAAGGAUACAUAAGGAUGAAAAGAGAUAUUGAUGCUAAAGAAGGUCUUUGCGGCAUUGCCAUGGAGUCUUCCUAUCCCACUGCUUGAAUCAUAUUGAACGGUGAAUAAGCCUUAUUCUUAUUAUUACCUCAAUGCUUUAUCUUAGAAGUGUGAAAUGAUACUUUGUCUCAGUUCAUAUAAAUGUAAACAAAACACUUGGGAAUUUACAAUUAAUGGAACUGCUUGCUUGUUUUUAUCUUUU